UGAAAGCUGUUUCGGUUUGUCCAACUUCUUUUCCUUUUGAUCAUCAAUUUCUGUUUUUCUCUUUUACCGAAUAGAAUUCUUCAAUGGCGGCACUAAGCUUUUGCAGCUCUUCUCCUCCUCGAAUUCUUCACAAACAAUCCAAAUCGAGCUUUUUCCCUUCUGACUCUUCUUCUUUCACACAAACCGUCGGAGAAUUAUCUGCGAAACCCAUCUCUGUCUCGAGACGAUUUCGUGUCGCCAUUAACUCCACCGCAGUUUCCGAUGAAUCGGGAAACGCAAAACUACCAUCUUCUCCGGAGAAGAAGCUAAGGGAUAUUCUACAAUCCCCUGGUGUUCUUCAGGGUCCCUGUUGCUUCGAUGCUCUUAGUGCCAAACUCAUCGAACGAGCUGGGUUUCCUUACUGUAUCACCUCUGGGUUCUCAAUUUCAGCGGCUCGGCUUGGUUUACCGAAUAAAGGUCUAAUUUCGUAUGGAGAAAUGUUUGAUCAAGGUCAACAAAUUACUCAAUCUGUAUCAAUUCCGGUGAUUGGAGACGGUGGCAAUGGAUUCGGUAAUGCCAUGAAUGUUAAGAGAACCGUCAAAGGAUAUAUCAAAGCUGGCUUCGCAGGAAUUAUCAUCAAUGAUCAGGUUUGUUGUGAUGAUACUAAGAGUGAGAGAAGAGUGGUUUCUAGGGAGGAAGCAGUGAUGCGUAUUAAAGCUGCGGUUGAUGCGCGUAGAGAGUGUGGUUCCGACAUUGUCAUUGUAGCUCAAACUGAUUCCCGAGAAGCGAUAUCUCUGGAGGAAUCGCUCGUUAGGGCAAGAGCUUUUACAGAUGCUGGAGCAGAUGUUCUCUCCGUUGAUUCUCUUGUUUCUAGGGAAGAGAUGAAAACAUUCUGCAAUGUCUAUCCACUAGUUCCUAAAUUGGCUAAUAUGCUAGAAAGUGGAGGGAAAGUUCCGAUACUAAACCCGCUUGAGCUAGAAGAGAUUGGAUAUAAGCUAGUGGCGUAUCCAAUUUCAUUGAUUGGAGUAUCUAUUCAAGCAAUGCAGGACGCUCUGUUGGCUAUCAAGGGUGGUCGAAUUCCUCCACCAGGAAGCAUGGCGUCUGUAGAAGAAAUCGAAGAGAUUCUUGGUUUUGACACAUACCAGGAGGAAGAGAAGCGGUACGCUACCUCCUCAUCAGAUAGAGAAGCAAGCAGCAGUAGCGUCUAUGGUAAUCAACGGGUGGCUCAAGAUGAUCCAGAACAGAGAGAGGACCCGAUUGUUGAAGUCAUAACACCUGAGGUUUAUAAUGAACCAAGAAACCCCUUUUCACGGAUCUGGUCACGAUCCUUAAGAAUCAAAAUCAUCGGACGCGAUGGGUUUGAGAAACUCGAUGUCAGAAUUCCGGCCGGAUUCUUGGAAGGUGUCACAAACAUUGUUCCAGCUUUAGGAGGCGUGAACUUGAAGCAAUUGAUGGACGAUGCAGCCGAUGAGGUCGGAGGGAAACUUUUGUUAGAUUUUAAAGACACUGCUGGUGACAGAAUCCAAGUUUUUCUGGAAUGACACACAUGUAGUGAAGACAAGGUAAAUACAGUCGAGAAACAUUC